AUGCACCGAAAACCAGGUUGGAGGAAUACUGUGAGCGACUCGGUGUGUUGGCACCAAGAACAGGCCCUAAAUACAAACAUUUUCAUCCUUAAAGAAUUUGGUCCAAUUGGAUUCCUACUUAAAGAGGAUGGAGAAGCAAGAAACUUUAAAGUUUUCAUGGGGGAACCUCACACUUGUACAUGCUCAACAUUCCAGAAAGAGAAAGAGCCGUGCAAGCACAUUUGCUGGGUUUUACUGCGUAAAUUCAGAGUACCAAGGGACCAUGAAUACUGCUACCAGGUGGGGCUCGGGGAGAGACAGAUCCUGGAAAUCCUACAAGGAUUUCACAAGCCAGCUGCCCCCCAGCCGAAAAGCAAAUCCCCGCCUGACUCUCUGACGCAAAGCUCCGAUGAAGAGGAAUGGAGCAUCCAUCAGAAAGACAUUGGAGAGGAUGAUGUAUGUCCCAUUUGUCAGGAGGAGCUGCUGAGCAAAAGACUACCUGUGACUUACUGCAGGUUUGGGUGUGGAAACAGUGUUCACAUCUCUUGUAUGAGAAUCUUGGCCAACCAUCAGAUUAGGGCAGACUCGGAAGCCAUGGUGAAAUGCCCUCUGUGUCGGGAGGACUUUAUCGCUAAAUCGCUGCUGUUGGAACAGGUAAGGAAUGCCAGCAAACUCUACACCGUCUCGGAGAGGGAACGACCAGACAAACACCUCGGAAUCACGUGCAACAGUUGCAGAGCCUGUCCUAUCACUGGCAAAUGUUUCAAGUGCACUGCUUGCAGCUAUUACCAUUUGUGUGAGGACUGCACCAAGAGAGACUGUCAUCCUCAGCAUAGUUUUGUUGUACGAACGUGUGACACGGUCCCUCGGCACGUUUUGGAGAGUUUGCCAACGGUGAAGGUUCGGCAGGGCUCGAAGCAUCUGGAGCCAGGACAGCAGUGUAGGAUGUGCCUAAAAUGCUUUUCUGUGGGCCAAUACAUUAGGCACCUCCCCUGUCACCACAAGUUCCACAAAGACUGCAUCGACAAAUGGCUGCACCGGUUCAAUUUCUGUCCACUGGACUGUCAUGUCUUCUACAACCCCCUCAAGUGGAAAGCCACGGAGAGCAAGACAGCAAACACUCAGGCUCCACCAACUAACCCUCGGAUCAGGUCGGCCACUCAGAAGCAACAAGACUUAUUCAUUCCUGGAACUGGCCUGCAAGAACGUAUAGUUCAAGGGGAUAACCCGCCAUGUAUGGUGAGGUCAAAGAUGUCUCUGCCUGGCAACCUGAUUCCUCCCCCUUUGGAACCAUCAGUGGCCAACACCAGGGAUCUCUGCAUCAACAGCCUGCAGUUAAAAGUAUCUCAUGGAACCAGCGAUUCAAAAAAGUUUGUCAACCGAUUUAGAACAGCCGAAUCCAUUCAAAGAUGUCCAUCCAUGGGCCAGGUGACAACAACCUUGGCGUCUAUGAAAGGAGAGGGUGCAGUCAAGGCCAGUGGGAACAUGUCGUCAAAACGUAUCACUGACUGUAUAGGGGAGAACCUGGUUGAAAUCUCCAGCAUUGCUGGGGGAACCCAGCAGGGCCUGAUUGUGGGGUUAAACAGUCCCGACACCAAUGCUCUUCCAAGGGUGGUUGCAGCUCCACACAGGGUAAGGCCACUGAGGAAAGUGAAGCCCAGAGAGGUGAGGCCUAGUGUGGGCAGCGGGCACACACAGAAUCUCGAUCUGUUGAUGAUGGGGAUUGUUAUCAACACCACACACAGAGGGAAAAAAUAA